CACAUAGUCUCAUACAUUCCUCUAUCUCUCCUGCUCUGCUUUCGAGCUUAGCUUGCGUCACCAUGGAACCAAACACCAUGACCAGCUUCGACGAUAGGCAUCGUCAUUCCUCCUUCUCGUCAAAGAUCUGUAGAAUCUGUAGCUAUGAGGUCAAAGACGGGGACAAUGGCCAGACAUUCGUGGCGUGCCACGUGUGUGCAUUCCCCGUUUGCAAACCUUGUUAUGAGUACGAGCGUCGCAACGGUGAAAAUUGUUGCCCUCAAUGCAACACUCCCUACAAACCCAACAAAGGAGAUGAAGAAGAAGAAAACAAUGGUCCGGUUGAUUCAGAUGGUGAAUUGGAUAUCAAGAAUCGCAAGGAUGCUUCCUCCAUUCACCAGAAUUUUGCCUAUGGAUCGGAAAAUGGAGACUACAAUACUAAGCAGCAAACCGGGCCUCGUGGUCUAGUGGUAUAGGAACCUCGGCUGAGGUGCCCGCCAUCACGAGUUCGAGACUCAGCCACGGAAUGACUUAGGCCCCCUGGUGGGUAUAGACGCAGGCUGGUUCCGAGUUCAGGGGGGAUUAAGGCCGAAUGCCCGAACCCAUCCUGGUUAACAAAAAAAA